GCGCGCUCUGAGUCAGGCGGCCCCAGUGCGCGGCUCCCCCCGCGGGCAGGAGGCGGCGGGCGGACGAGAUGGAAGUGAAAGACGCCAAUGCUGCAUUGCUGAGUAACUUUGAGGUGUUCCAGUUACUUACCGAUCUUAAGCAGCAGCGCAAAGAUAGUGGAAAACACAAACAGAGCUCUGGCCAGCAGAAUCUGAACACUAUCAUGUACGAAACAUUGAAAUACAUAUCCAAAACACCGUGCAGAUUCCAAAGUCCUGAGAUUGUGAGAGAUUUCCUCAUAGCAAUGAAAGGCCAUAAACUAACCAAAGCAGAAAAGCUACAGUUGCUUAACCACAGGCCAAUGACUGCAGUUGAGAUACAGCUGAUGGUAGAGGAAAGUGAAGAAAGACUAACAGAAGAGCAGAUUGAGUCACUUCUUCAGACAGUCUCCAGCAUUCUUCCAGGGAAUCCAGAGGAAGAGCUGCAGAGACAGGCGACAAUGGCAGCUGAAGAAGAAGGUGACCCAGAAUAGACAGCAUCUGAACCUAAGUUGGCAACAUAAUCAAAAGCUUAAUGAGAAAAGAACCAGCUAAACGUUUUGAUUGCAAAGACCAUGUCUGGGAUUUUUCACCCACGGCUUAAUCUUGUGUGACGUCACUGUACAGUAUGUUAAUGUUUUAUUGUAUAAAUCAUGAGAGCAACAGCUGUUUAUAAGAAACAUAAAUCAAAGGAGACCUCUCAUGUCAGCCUUUUGUGAGAUGCGAGAAAGAUAGUAACUGGCUUCAUAACACAGCAGUUUGUGACAUAGUGAAAAUAAACCUUAUGCUUGAAUAUUCUUUUUUUCCAUUACCCAUGUAACAGCUGUUCUUUUCUGAGUAGGGUUAUAUCCAGCUGGCAAUGUUCUAAUUAUCAUAGCAAUACACUAUAAUUAUAAUUGAUUUAAUAUGUUUUUGAAUUACUCAACUGUUUUCCAGAGUGCAGUUUACAAUACAGUGUCCGUUCUGUGUGAAAGAAGCCAUUUCAGGGUAUCGAUACACAGUUAGAAUUAAGUUAAAAAUUGUUUAAUAUCCAUAUAAGAUCAGUGGUAAUAGAUCCUUAUAACUACUAAUAUCUUUAGGAUUGUACCUUGAAAGUGGAAGGAAUGUAAAGGCUGUGUUGCUAUGGUAACUAGUCUCAAGGACACCUCUGAUAUGACCCUAUGCUUA